AUAUACAGUUCAUUUUUUUUUUAUCAGCAAACAAGGGUGAGAAAGAUAGGGUGUGUUGCGAGUUCUCGAAUUUAGUACAUGGAAGAGAGGAUGGUCGAAUUAGAAGAUGAUGAUGAGUACUUGUUGCCAAUUGUUACGGGAUUGGAUGGAUUUGAUGAAACGUACUCUGAGUCUGAAUUCAAACACUACUUGAACGCCGCCGACGAUUUGUCAUCAAUUAGAGAAAAAUGUGGAUGGGUUUUUCGGAGGGAAUCUGAAAGUGAAAUCAAUGCGAUAGUCAAACGAGUUCUCCAGCAAUUUAUGUCAGAGUCUUUCUAUCGGGGUAAUUAUAUGAUACAAUUUUGGGCAGCCGAAGAGGAAGGGGAACAAGUUAAUUACCUCAUUACUUCAGACCAACCUUUUGCUGUUGUUGGUUAUGAUCUAUAUAAAGGGUAUUGUUGGUAUAGGAAAAAAUGUUUGAAUUACCACCGAUAUAAUACGGAAAUGGGAGCUGUUGGAAGGGCUUACCGAAGCAAGCACCCUGAAUUCAGCCCUGACUUGCGUCUCUAUUCUACCUCUGAAUUCCAACUUCGCGAUCAUGCUGCACAGUGCGGUCUGAGAGGUUACAUGGCCAUACCCAUCUUUGAUUUCAAUAACAACCAACAUUAUUAUGGCGUCUUGGAGUUCUUAUCCUUUGGCUAUCAUCGUAUGAGUCACAUUUCACUUUUUUUAUUGUCUAAGGGGUUCAGAUCUGCUCACGCCAACCACGUUCUUGUUAGCGGUAUUCUCGAAUCAGAGGCAGCGAACCUGCGUGUCAGCUUCCAAGCUAGUCACAUGCAAACCGAUAUUACUGAUAGGCGAAAACUGGCACUGCGUGAAAUAAAAGAAGCCCUUAAAGUGGUCAUUAAGAUUCCCCAACUGCAUAUGGUACAGGUUUGGGCCACUUGCACCCGAUGUCCAUCUGAAAAAGAUAUUAGCUUGAACUGCAUGGAAUUGACAGAUUUCAUGCAAGAAUUAGCUCUUGAAGAAUCUAUUUAUUCGACGAUGCUUGAGUUUAGUCAUAUACACACCAGAAAGGGGAUUACAGGGAUGGUAUUAGCAUCGGAAAAUAAGUCAUGUUUUUUUCGAACUUCAUGUCAUUUUAGCAUAGUUGAGCAACGCCUAGCACAUUUUACGCAAAAUGAGAGGAUAGGUAGUCGUUUUGCUAUUUGUUUGCAAAGUACACACACUGGAAACCUCGUAUACGUAUUAGAGUUCUUUCUAAACCAAGGUCCUGGAAAAUACGAAUAUAUUUUGUCCCUUUUGAACUUCCUAAUACCCAUACUGAAGAGGUAUCUUAAAAGCUUUACGAUUGCAUCGGGCCAACAAUUAGGAGACGAACUAGCAAUCGAAGUUCCUGUGUUUCCUGGAGAAGAUGAACUCAUUUUAUCAGAAAUAAACGGCCUGCAAAAUAAAUUCAAAUUUGUCCCAUAUAGUGUGAGAGAGCAUCAACAUUCUGGACACCAACAAAGGCCUAUUAGCAGUGACAUGGAUUCUGUGACAAGUACUUCACAAGCAGAACAUCUAAUUAGCAGUGUGGCUGUCAACGCAAAGAAAAUAAAGAAAGGAAAGAAGAUGAAGAAAACCGGCCGCCUAAAUCUCACACUCGAGGCUCUCAAGCCACAUUUCGGGACGAAGCUGAAAGAUGUUGCUAAGGAACUCGGAGUUAGUAAAUCAACAAUAAAGCGCGCUUGCAGAGAGUAUGGCAUCGAUAGGUGGCCAUGUAACGAAAACCACAAAAAGAAUCCUUCCCUCUUUGAGGUAGAAAGAGCAGAUAAAUAUCUGCAGAAGAAUAUUUGCAGCAACCGCCAAAAUUUGCGGCAAGCAAGUACUGAUCAGAGCAGUUCUAGUCACCUGAAUGUUCAGACAAUUAAGGAUGAUACCGUGAUAGUAAAGGCGAAAUAUGACGACGACACUAUAAGAUUUGAGCUAGGUCUGCGAUUGGAAAUGGAGAAGCUUGUUGAAGAAGUGGCAAAUAGACUAAAGUUGGAGAUGGGAAGUUUUAAACUGAAAUAUUUAGAUGAAGAAAACGAGGAGAUUUUGUUAACCCGUGAUUCUGAUUUGCUGCAUUGUCCCAAGUAUCCGACAGCGUCGGGCGAGUCUUUUAUCAUGUUGUUUGUUCGAUUGUCUCGUAAAUGAGCGCUUUUGCGUUUUGAUUUUCCUUCAAGCUUAAUAAAACUCUCUGUAUGCAACUUUCUGAUUUCUAAAAUAUUACUUAAUUAUCAUGUGUCUGUAGUUUGAUUUCUUUGUAUGAAAAAUGACUUGAAAUUUGAAAUUGGAGUUAAUGGAUCAGGAUGCAGAAUAAGGCUUCUUA